UUAAGGGAAUCAAGAUUCUCCCAAUCCAAUUAUAAGAUCAAGGGUGAUGAAAUAAACUUCCAAACUUACAAAGCUUAUAGCUAUGUAGGUCCCACCUUAGCUGUACUCACAUCCAAACAUCGAUCCCUAUACUCUAUAUACUGUCUUUAUCACCACCAUGGAAUUUUUAUUUCAUAUUUGCACAUUAUAUUAUAUUAAAAAACGAAAGAAAAAAACAAAAAGCAAAAUCCCAUCUUACCCAUUACUUCAUUUCACUACUAUAUAUAUAAAUCAAUACCCCAUACUCCUCUCCUCAUCUUGCAUUGCACACUCCUUCUCAAACACUAAGAGAAAAUUAAAAAAAAAAAAAAACAUUCUUUUUGUUGUUGGUCGUUAAGGUUGUUGUAGUUUGAGUCGAGAAAUGUCUGGGGUUUGGGUUUUCAACAAAGGUGUGGUGAGGCUAGUGGAGAACCCUAGCUCUGAGAGGAAGGUGUUGGUUCACUCUGCAAGCAAUGAAAUCAUCACUUCCUACGCAGUGCUGGAGCACAAGCUGAGUUCACUGGGAUGGGAACGUUACUAUGAUGAUCCUGAUUUGCUUCAGUUCCACAAACGCUCCACCGUUCACCUGAUCUCUCUCCCAAGGGAUUUCAACAGAUUCAGGUCCAUGCACAUGUAUGACAUAGUCGUCAAGAACAAGAACUACUUCGAAGUUAGAGACAUGUGACUUCCUCGUACCCUACACAGUUCGAUUCUUCAUUUUCUCAUUUAUAUCUACACUACAUGUAUUGUCGGUUUCGUUUUCGAUUUGUGUCUAAAUUGUAUAGAGUUAUAUAUGGUCUGAUACGAGAAUGAUGAACUCCGAGAAGUGGAUUUGUCUGUCAUGAUGUAAAUCUUUGUAAUCAUUCUAAUCAAACUUCAGUUUUCUUA